CCCACCGACUGCAUCACCUGGAGCUUUGCCCUCGACACCUGGUCCUGUAUUCUAAGACUAUGGCCAGGAGAGCAAAACCGCCCAACAAUGUCACGACACGGACUACCACGCCUUCUCACAAAUCUAAAAUGCCUCCCUCACCACACACGGACACGGUGUCGACAGACAAGCGACCCAAACCCUUGGUCGCAUCCUUGGCCGACACGAGAGUACGGCGGGCUCUACAACUUGUUCUUCUCGCGGCCCUCUAUGCGCCCAUAUCCCAGUUGAACCUUUCGCCAGUAUAUGGGAACAUACCGGUGGCGUUGUACCAUCGAUAUGGCCUCGCUGCCUCCUUCAUGCUCGCCUUCGUCCUUCGGGGUUUCCUCCCACCCUGGAUCUCACGAUCCAUCACCCCUUUCUGCUUCUGGAUCCCGAGCAUCCAAUUCUUCCUCUUCCGAUUCAGUUCGACCCUUGGUAACCCACUGGGACCUCUGAUCACGGAGCUCCUGACGUGCUAUCCUCUUGUGCUGUUGUCUGCCUCCCUUGCAAUGCAAUACUUCGACGAGGCCUUCAGAACCAGCCAGCGUGAUUCCUCCUUGGGGGAGGUUGUGCCCUCAAUGGGCUUAUUCUUGCUCUUCUCGGUCCUUCACAGAGCUUGCAAGGGCUUUGUCUCGUCACUUCUCGGGCACGGCUUUCUCACUUCUCGGAUCGGAAUGCAACUGCUAGUUGCUUCGCUAUAUGGGAUGGUUCUUCCGAAUAGCAUCCUCUGGCCCUCGCUACCGGCGGUCGCUUUUACCAUGGUGGCAAAUCCACACUGCACGCUUUCGCGAACCACUGAGGUCCUCAACAACACCUUGGCUCUCUACAAUUAUACCUUAUUGGAACGAAAAGAGUCGAUUACAGGCUAUAUCUCAGUUCUGGAGGACAACCAUCGAGGGUUCCGCGUGAUGAGAUGUGAUCAUAGUCUCCUAGGUGGAGAAUGGAAGUCGCCGCCCUCGAGGAGAGUCCAUAGGAAAGUUGCAGAACCGAUCUAUUCUAUCUUUGUGAUGCUCGAGGCUGUACGUCUUGUCGAGGGCGCAUCUCCUAGCCCAAACAAGACUGCCUUGAACAUCGGGCUAGGAAUCGGAACUGCGCCAUCAGCCUUGAUCCAUCAUGGAGUGAAUACGACUGUCAUGGAACUCGAUCCGGUUGUCCACGAAUUCGCGAUCAAAUACUUCAACUUUCCCCACAACCAUAGCUACUAUAUUGGUGACGCCGUCCAUGCAAUUAAUACUGCGAAUGCGACGGAGGCAGACUCGUAUGACUACAUCAUCCACGACGUCUUCACAGGUGGAGCAGAGCCCGUGGAGCUCUUUACCACGGAAUUCCUCUCGGGGCUGCACAUGCUUUUGAAACCAGAUGGAGUCAUAGCCAUCAAUUACGCAGGAGACCUCGCCAUGCCUGCAUCCUCUCUCAUUUACAGGACGAUUACAUCAGUAUUUCCUUCUUGCCGAGUUUUCCGGGAAGACGAAGCACCCGCGCCUGGAGUCAAGCCGGUUGACUUCACGAACAUGGUGUUCUUCUGCAGGAAGAAGAAGGCGGCGAUCACAUUUCGAAGACCCGUUGCGGCAGAUUUCCUGGGGAGUGGUGCUCGGCAAGAGUUUCUGAUACCAAGGCAUGAAAUUGCCUCGAGUGAGUUUGAUACAGAAGGCGGCGUUCUCAGAAACGGACAGACCAAGGAACUCGAGAAAUGGCAGGGACAAAGUGCAUUGGGCCACUGGACGGUCAUGAGAACAGUGCUGCCGGAUGUCAUCUGGGAGAACUGGUAAUCCGUGCCGGGACAAGUAUAUGGGCUUAUUAUUCACAAGAGAGCGCAAGAGGUCGACCAUGUCAAGCCAAAGUCGACGGCGCCAGUACGGCUUCAUUCCGGAGAUGUGACGGAGGAUAUAUUGGCUACGACCCGAUGUACGGCCCAACAAUGUUUCAACGAUAUGGCCGGUACCCAGCAUAUCAGUGGUUAUGUAGAGGAGCAGGCCAUUUCUGUGCCACGCGCUGAAACUUGGGUGCGUUCUGCAGGACCAUCCCCUCAUUGAGCUGUCCAGUUUCGCGGCGGAAGAUAUCCUGCCACGGUGUCUGAGACUCUGGAAUCUGAUAUCCCCCUUUGGCCUCCAAGUCCUGCCGUCGCUUCUUCAACUCCUCGUCAGAGACCAAGAGCUGAACUUGUCGCUUGUUCAAGUCGACCCUCAAGACAUCUCCGUCCCUCAGCAGCGCCAGGUUACCACCUGCGGCGGCUUCAGGGCUGGCAUUCAGAAUCGACGGCGAACCUGACGUGCCAGACUGUCUUCCAUCUCCAAUACACGGCAAAGAGGUGACGCCUUGUUUCAAGACGUGGCCUGGAGCAUGCAUGUUGACGACCUCCGCCGCGCCAGCUGAGAUUGGACAUUAGCAUUGUUAUUUGCGACAGACCCGAGGUCAAAGUCUCUGUCUUGCGCACAGUUCACGAAGCGAGAAAAGGCAGUGGGCAACGAUUCGACCUUUUCGGACGGAGGGACAAGGAGUACUUACGAUAUCCAAGGGGCCCAGCACCACGCAUCACCAAAAUCGUCCUCUUAUCGACCGGGGUCUUGGGAUCGUCGAUGCGGUUGAUGAAAUCCUCUCGCCCGUCAAACACCACAGCCUUACAUUCAAAUGCAUUGGGGUCCUUUGGGUCUUCCAAGAACUCGCGCCGGAAAUCGUCUGAAAUCACCGAGGUCUUCAUAAUGGCGGAAUCAAAGAGAUUACCUGUCAUGUGGAGGAAGCCCGCUCGCUGUUUCAGGGGCUCGCUAUAGGGCUUGAUGGUCCGUCUGUCCCAAGAAUGCUUGCCGUCCACAAUCUCCUUUAUGGUCUUGCCGUUGCAACUCAGAGCUUGUGGCUGGAGUUUACCUUGAUCCAAAAGCUCGGCCAUGACUGCUUCAAGCCCGCCCGCUUUAUAAUACUCCUCGCACAACAUCUCGCCUGCGGGUUGCACAUUCACCAGCAAAGGGGUGUCAAAUCCAAUCUUAUCCCAGUCAUUCAAAUCAAGGGGGACACCAAUAUGCUUCGCCACAGCAUUCAGAUGGAUGGGCGCAUUGGUGCUCCCUCCGAUAGCACUAUUCACGACAAUCGCAUUCUCAAAGGCUUCCCUUGUCAUGAUGUCGCUUGGCUUGCGGUCGGCGUGCACCAUCUCCACAAUUUGCCUACCGGUCCUAUACGCACACUGAGCACGCUCACGGUACGGAGCCGGGAUAGCCGAAGAGCCCGGCAGAGCCAUGCCAAGUGCUUCGGCCAAAGCAUUCAUGGUUGACGCCGUGCCCAUGGUAUUGCAAUGGCCUGCCGAGGGCGUCCCAGCUGCGAUCAUGUCCACCAUCAUAUCAUCGUCAAUCUUCCCGGCGGCAUGCAAAUCCCUGGCUUUCCACAAGAUGGUCCCCGAGCCAAUCCUGUCCUGUGAGCCGUGGAGGCGACCAUUCAGCAUCGGGCCGACAUUGAGGCAGAUGGCGGGAAUGUUGACCGUGGCGGCAGCCAUCAGCAUUGCCGGGGUGGUCUUGUCACAGCCCGUCAAAAGCACCACUCCAUCCAAAGGAUACGCGUGUAAGAUCUCCACAAGGCCGAGAUAUAGCAAAUUCCGAUCCAACGUCGCCGUCGGCCGCCUCGCCGAUUCCUGGAUGGGGUGCGUGGGAAACUCGAAGGCGAUACCACCAGCGGAGCGAAUCCCCUCCCGGACGCGCUUGGAAAGUUCGAGAUGGUGUCGGUUACAGGGGGCGAUGUCACUGCCGGAUUGAGCGAUGCCGAUGAUGGGCUUGCCGGUGUUGAGUUCGGACGUCGUCAGGCCGUAGUUGAGGUAGCGGUCCGUGUACAAGGCCAUCAUUUCCGGGUUCUCGGGGGAGUUGAACCAAUUUUCGGACCGCAGCUUUCGGGAUUGGGGACCCGAGUGCGCGUCCUCGAGGCCGUUGCUCGUCGUCGUCUUUUUCCCACCGGCCUUGGACAGCUUCAGUUCGAGCUCUUGGGUCCGUUUGCGCAGGCUCUCGAGUUCGAGCUGGUAGUCUUCCAUGUCUGGCACGGGGCCGCCAUGGUGCUGGUGUCCGUCACACGACCCGCAAGUCUGUUGCUGCUGCUGCUGCUCCUUUGGGCAACUCAUUUUUAAAGACACCUGCUUUGCUCGGGAUCCGUCUUUGAGUGGUGAAUCUUGCCUUCUCCUUGUCUAAAGGCUCUUUCUCUCCUCCUCGUCACUUGUGUGGAAAUGGUCCCGGGCGUCUGGAGUAUAGUAUAGUAUGAUAUGGUAUGAUAGGAUAGACGUGGUACGGUUUUAUAUCUCAAUCUGAAGGAGUGAAUUGGAAAAGAGCCAGAAGAUGGUACCACUGGUAGUAGUAACCAACAACAACCAACAAGGAUGAAGAAAAGGAAAAGAAAGAUGAAGGGGAAGUAAGUAACAAGUAGAAUUGGAUAAGAACCAAAAAAAGGAACACCUGAC